CCUUUAUCAAACCUUACAUACAGACCCAACCAGAUUCCAAAAUGGUUUUUAAUGCCUCCCGUAUGAUGACAUCACACCUACUACAUCAAGGUGAUUCACUCGUUCGCUCGUCGCAUUGGAUGGUAUCAAGCCCACCAUCAUGAAGAGACUUGGAGUUGAUCCACCAUGUUCGACCCAAAAGCGCCAGUCCUUCUGGCUGUUUCCUGCGAUGCCGUCGGACAAGAAAACACCAACAAAGAUCGUAUCACCUUCAAAUGGACCAACACCCCAGAUGGUGAUGCCGU